CGAAUUUCUGUUCAUCUUCCAUGGCGCAGUCUGGCUCUUCUACGCCAUCCAUGCUUUCGCCAUCUGCUUCGAAGUGAUGAUUAAGCACUGGUCGCCAGCACCGAAUGGAGAACCAAUCCCAGUUCUAGACUAUGCUCCGAAGCGUUUCUACGAGUUUGUGUACUACUGGGCGUGCCAGAUUCUGACAGGAACAGGAUUCGGGGACUUUCCUCUCAGGGAUGACUAUGAGAUUGCAACUACCGUCAUUGGUCUCGUCUUUGGAGCCUCCAUGAUUGUCUACCUCAACGCGAGGCUUGCAGCGAUCAUGGCCAACUCUGAGAGGAGAAGGUGACUCUUCCAUUAAUCUCAAACGAGUUCCCCUUUUGUGGGUAAAAUCCUUGUUGCAUACUAAUUGAAUUGUGACGUUUGCUUGCUUGCGCGUGUGCGAACUUAGGGUUUCCUUCAAGCAGAUGUUUUACUGCCUCGUCUCCUUCAUGCGAGAACGGAGGUUUGUCCGGGACGUGAGCGACCGGGUUCGAAACUAUUACACCGUUCAAUGGCAGCAGCACGAGGGUGUUCUCAUCCCCAGCGAUAAGUCUGCCAUUUGGGACGCUCCCAAAACUCUGUUCCAAAGCGUGGCCUUUGCUCAAGCACAAAAGUAUGUGGAAAGGAUUCCAUUAUUCAUGGUAUGCACAUCCACUGUUCAUUAAAUAUGAAUACGCGAUUGUUUACGUAUUCCUACUCCUGAUUUCGAGUUAAAUUUCUGACACUGCACAGCACUGUCCAGAGGCCUUGAUCAUUGAGGUGUGCGCGUCCCUCCGGCAAUACAUUGUCCCGCCCGGAGAGGUCCUUCAAUACCCAAGUGACCCCACACGGGAGCUCUAUAUCAUCGUCAAGGGCUUUUGCAAGGUGACGCAGGACGGUCACGAGUUUGGAAAACUGGGCGAGGGAAACUACUUUGGCCUCAACGGUCUCAUCUAUGGCACGAAUAGAUCAUUUUGCAUCACCACGGUCAACUUUUGCCAAGUAUUCUGCCUCGAGUUCAACAGCUUCGUCGAGAUUACGAAACGUUACACGAAAUUCCUCUUGGACUUCAAACUCCUUCGUGGAGAUGCCACCCUUCCCCGCGGCAUCGAACUCACCAUCAGUCCCGAAGAGUGGGAAGUCUUUCCUCAGUUCCCCCCACUUCGACAUCGCGGCGAUGAGCAGCGUCACCCUCCCACCACGACACCCUCCUCCAGUCUGGGCACUGCCUCCAGCACCGACGCCUCAUCCAACUCCAGAUCCCAAGCCCCUCCGCAGGAGAAUGUCGUCAAUAUGGAUACUUUAGAACCAGCAGCACAAUUGCCACAUGAAGAAGAAGCAGUAGCGUCGUUACACGUUGUCACAAAAACACACCGAUUCUACACCUUUCUUCAAACUGCAUUUCUCAAAUCCAUCAUUCCACACGGGAAAUUCCUCUGGAUUUGGACCAUUCUCCGCGUCUUCUGUGCAUUUCUGGUUGGAAACUUUGUUCCAAUUCAAGUCUCAUUCUCGGUGGAUCCCGCAUUCGCCUUUGGGUUCAUUCUGUUUUUUGACAUUGUGGCGUGGGUGGAUUUGUUCAUCUGUUCCCGCGUCGCCUACUACGGUCCCAGCAAUCAGCUCAUCACUAGCUGGACCAAGACUGCUCUGCACUACAUGCGAGGCCCCUUCGUGCUGGAUUUCCUCGGCUGCCUCCCCCUCGACCUCUUCCUCAUCAUCUUCACCCCACAAAUCUCAAUGUUCGGGGCUGGGCGCACCUUCGCCAAUAAAUAUCAUGUCAUCAGCUGCCUUCGACUUAACCGAAUGCUCCAGUGCUACCGACUCUUUGUGAGUGGGAACCUCAUGAAGAAGUCCAUCUUCAAGAGCCUCUCAUUCCUCAUACUGCUUCAAGUUGUGCCACUCAUGUCCUUCUUCCUCAACGUGACGACGUGUCUCGCGGUCCUCUCCGUGUGUGGAACGUCGCUGAAUGGGGAGCCGAUCCGAUGCGAGAAGUGGGCGUGGAUCACGAACGGGGAGAUUUACAAGGAUGCCCCCGUCUCGAACAGCUCGGUGAUGGAGGAUCCCGUCAUCUCCUACAUCAUUGGCUUCUACUGGGUCAUCUCCUCUGCGCUCUGUGUCGGUUUUGGCGACAUUGGGGCUCACGGUCAUGAGACGAACAGGAAAAUUGCCAUCACGGUGAUCUACAUGGGCGUUCUUGUCACUGGGUUUCUAGUCUCCAAGCUCACGGCGUGCCUCGUGGGGGAAGAUUCGAGGCGGAUCCUGAUUCGAGAAAAGACCAAAGUCUUGUUCCGUUUCCUGGAGCAGUUUGGGGUUCCAAAGGAAUUGUGUCGACGAGCGAAGGAGUAUUAUUUCGGGGCGUGGGACAAGACGAAGGGCAUUUUCCCCAAGGAUCUCUUCUCUGCCCUUCAUCCCAGCCUCAAGUCGGACGUCAUGAAGUCACUGUACCAAGAACGACUCAAAUUGUCUCCCAUAUUUUUGUCCACGGAUGAACCCGGAAUUCGGAUUUUGUGUUCCAAGUUACAAGAAGUGUUUUACCCGGAGGGCGAGUUCCUUUUCGAGUAUGGUGACCUCAGUGGGGACGUUUAUUUCAUUGCUAAAGGUCUCAUUGCCACGUACACGGAGCGGGGCGACAUCAUGUCCUACGUGGGAACUGGAAGCUUGAUUGGCGAGAUUUCCUGCCUCUUUGAAGUUCAACGACAAUACACGUCCGUGGCUGCGACGGACUGCGAGGUUUACAUGUUUCGAAAGGAGGAUUUCCUGGACUUCCUGAGUCUUUAUCCAAACCUGAAAACGACGCUGGAGGAGUCUUGCAUCCGCCACUACAAGGAGACGAUGGAGGCUGCCGCGAAGUCUGCCGGCGUUCGCGUCCUCAUGAGUCCCCUGGACGACAAGAACGACGAGGCUGCCCUUCGGAGUGACAACGUUGGCACUGCUGGAUUGGAGGAGCGUUUGCGCGAUUAUGCUUCGGAAGGAAGCAGAAGUGUCACGACGGGACAAAAGUCAGAGGCAGACGAUGACGACAUUACAGACAUGACGCUCGAAAUGGAAGGCACAAAGAAUUUGGCGGUGGUGGAGAUGGACUUUGGAUCGGCGAUGGAGAUGGCUGUGGAGGAGUGUGAGAGAGAUCCAGAGUUCAUCUACGACCCGCUCCGACUCCCCGCCACGUCCCUGGAGCACGAAAGAAAAGGAGGUCGUGGAGCAAAAGGUGCCACGAGUCACGGAGCGGAUACGAAACAUUGGACUUCGUAUUUCGUCUCCUUCGGGAAGGUUCCGCGAGACGAGAUGGGGCUGAUUCAUAUUUUGCAAGAGCGGAGAAAGGCGAAAUGGUAUGGGAUUGUGUUUCAUCCCCUCUCCCCCGUCUGCACCUGGGUCUCGUUCUAUCUCUUCGUCACGUCCCUCUCGUGUGGGCUGACAGCCUACGAAAUUGCAUUCCACACCCCGACAGAGGCCACGAACCUGCUCACCCUGCGUAUCUGCAUGGAAAUCUUUUUCGUGGUGAGAAUAUUCGGAAACUUUCACCUCGGCUACUACGACCCGUAUGGGACCGUCGUUUCGGACAGCGUGAAAGUCAUCAAGCGCUACAUCUGCAGCCCCAGUGGUUUUUUCCUGGACCUGGUGACCACCUUCCCCUUCUACCUCAUAUCCUACCUCCUCCGGGGACAGGCGGGGAAGGACGCCGAGGUUGCGGCGGACAUACGAGGCCUUCAGUUGUUGAGAGUGUUCCUCUUUGCACGGUACCUCAAGGAGACCGAGACGAACUUGCGGAUGAGAAUGUCACGAGUUAAGAUUGUCAAGGUUACCAUUCUACUCUGUUUCAUCUUUCACUUCUGCGCCUGUGCCUGGUAUCUGGUCGCUUGUGAUGGGUUAGACUGUCGUCGCGGCUCAUGGAUGAGCAUUUUCAUCAAGGAAAUGAUCAACAACAAGAAGAUCAGAAAUGGGUCGGAAAUCACGAUCGGGUCUCGCUACCUCCUCUCCCUCUACUACGUCACCACAGCCAUCACCUUCACUGGGCUGUCCGACAUCACUCCUCGCACGAAGGUGGAACUCUGCUCCACAAUCACCAUGAUUUUCACCACCGUGUUCAUCAUUGGCUUCCUCGUGGGCGAGAUGACCCAGUGGCUCGCAGCCCAGGUCAAGACCAAGAUCCAUUUCCGACACAAACUCAACGUCAUGGAGCACCACUUUCUCGCUCUGGGACUCAGUUAUCCCAAACUGAACAGUGUUCGCAGCUACUUCCGCCUCCUUUGGCUUCGCUGUAAUGGGAACCCAUACACUCAAAUAUUAGCCGAGUUGCCCUACGCACUUCGGGCUGACAUCACCAUGAAAGUUUAUGGUCUCAACAUUAAAAAUUCUCGGAUUCUGGGUCGUUUGGAUGACAUAAUAAUUCGCCAACUGAGUGUCCGCGUCCAUCACGAAAUAUUCAUGCCAGGUGCGCACAUCAUUCGCGCAGGGGCCGUGUGCACCGCCGUCUACUUUAUCAAGAAGGGCGAGGUGGUGAUUUUGGACGAGAAGGCGAACAUGGAGCUCUGCGUCGAUGUCCUCUAUGAGAACGAGUGCUUCGGAGAGGUGAAAGUGCUGCUCCCAAUCAAGGAACAGUUCCAAUUCUCCUACGUGGCCCGCCUGGAGACGGAGGUGGGAGUGCUGUUCGGGGAUGACAUGGUGGACGUCUUGUUACGACAUCACGGCGUUCUGGAGGAGGUCAUAGGACGAGCGGACCGUCUCAAGGCGCAGCGACUGGCGAAGAAGGACGAGGAGGACCGUAUCGGAUUCUCGGAUUCCUCCUCCGGGGUCGGCCAAGGCCGCUACUCCGCUUCCGACAUCAACCUCCACAGGCGCUAGAAGCUGCAUAGUUCUUCAAAUUUGUUUUAUUUCCAUCAAUCACGUCUCUUUGUAUCGUCCCAAUUAUUUAAAUGAAGAGUGAAUAAAGAGAGAAAUUGUGAGCGUUC